GCCCCCGCCCCGAGUCGGAGCGCAGCGAGGUACCUGCUGGGAGAGGUUUAUUGAGCCGAGGAUUGUCUGGGCUCAGCAUCCCGCGGCCCCGGUCCGGAGUUGACCUCAAGCCUUGUGCCCCCUCCUCACGCCCUGUGGGUCGUGGGGCCCCGAGCGGCACCCUGAGUAGCAGGACGGAAAGGGGAGACGCGGGCAGGGGGCUGCUGCCCGUUUCAGAACACCUCUUCACUGCGGCCUGGUCCCCAGAAGCUCAGAUGCUCAGAUCCCAGUUCCCCCUUGUUUCCGGCCAGCCGUCCUCCAGAGCAAGCAUCCUGAGGACGAAGACUUGUUACGCAUCUUAAAGUCAAGUGACUAAUUCUUUCCGGAGAGGUGUGAUGGGGCCGUGCAGGUGUCUGCAGAGAACACAGAACAGAAGAAUGCGGUGGGGAGGUUCGUGUUGUGCUUCGUUUUAGCCUGUGAUUUGGUCAGGAGGAUACUUGUUUUAAGGUGGGAUCCGCAGUCUUUCCCACCGGCCUGACUUUCAGAGCACGGUGAGAACAGAGAAGGUUUGAUUGUUUUGGCCAGUAAAUGACAAAGUUACCAGCUUGGUGAUGCUUUUAAAAGUGGGGUUUGAGGGACGUCCUUCUGGCCCAGUCGGUAGAGUGUGCAACUCUUAGGAAAUGUGCUGCUGGAGCGAGCACUAGAGCGUGCGGCUGUUGAUCCCGGGGUCGUGAAUUCCAGCCCCAGGUUCGCCAUGGAGCCUACUUAAAAUUAAAAAAAAAAAAAAAAAAAGUAAAAUAAAAUUCAAAGGAAUUGAGCCAUUAUUUUAAUAAGUAAAUAAAAGUGGGGUUUGAGCAAAGGGGUUUGUCAUCAAAGGCAGGGAUUUUUUUUUUUCAGUGAUCAGUACAAAUUUGUUGUAUUAUCCACAUCUUGUUGGAAGUCUGACAGCUUCAGUCUGUUUCAGUUGCAUUUUUGUAUGAACUGCAAGAAGCAACAUGGUUGGACGUUCAGUGUGAGUUCUGGAACUAGAGCAGAGGGUUUGGCAGAGUUUCUAAAAGGUCAUAUAUUGAAUAGUUCAUGCUUUGUGGGCUACAUAUGGUUCCAUAUUCUUCUUUAAUUGAUCUUGUUAAUGUUUAGGAUGGUUUUAGAUUUGCAGAAAAAAAUUGCAAAGUUAGUACAGAGAAUUCCCAGGUACCCUGUACCCACUGUCGCCUAUUAUUAACAACUUACAUUAGUAUGGGAUGUUAUUUACAAUUGGUGAACCGAUUCUGAUACACUGUCAUUAACUGAAGUCCACGCUUUAUUCAGAUUUCCUUAGUUUUUACAGUAACAUUCUUCGUGUGUUCCAGGAUGCCAUCCCGGAGAUCACAUUACAUUUCAUUGUCGUGUGUCCUUAAGCUUCUCUUGGCUGUGACAGUUUCUCAGACUUCCCUUGUUUCUGAUGACUUUGAAGGUUUUAAGAGGCCUGCAGCAAAAGGUUCAGCUUCCUAAGGAGCUCGUAAAGAAGAAACUCGAAAUUACCCAUAGCUGUACCAUCCAGAGAUAAUUGCUGUUGAUAUUUUGAAACCCCAAGAGGACUGAUCAGUUCUUGAUUCUAAAACUAUGGCGCACGGCUUGGUGACAUUCUCAGAUGUAGCCAUCGACUUCUCUCAGGAGGAGUGGGCAUGCCUGGACUCCACGCAGAGGGACCUGUACUGGGAUGUGAUGUUGGAGAACUACAGUAACCUGGUCUCCCUGGAUUUAGAGUCACCAUAUGGGACCAAGAGUUUACCUACGGAAAAGGGCAUUUAUGAAAUAAAUUUAUCCAAAUGGAACUCAAAUGGAAAAAGUAAAUCCCUUGGCCUUGACUGGAUGUGUGAAGGUGAGUUUGAAGGACCACGGGGCCCUCAAGAGGGCUGUUUCAAUCAAAUGAUAAUCAACUGUGAGAAAACGCCCACUUGUAGAGAAAAUACCUCUGUUAGACCACAUCAAAGACUUCAUACUAGGGAGAAUUCCUAUGAAUGUAAGGAAUGUGGGAAGGCCUUUAGUCGUGGCUACCAGCUCACUCAGCAUCAGAAAAUUCACACGGGUGAGAAACCCUACGAAUGUAAGGAAUGUAAAAAGGCCUUCCGUUGGGGUAAUCAACUCACUCAGCAUCAGAAAAUCCACACGGGUGAGAAACCCUAUGAAUGUAAGGACUGCGGGAAGGCCUUCAGGUGGGGUUCAAGCCUCGUCAUUCAUAAGAGAAUCCACACGGGUGAGAAACCCUACGAAUGUAAGGACUGCGGGAAGGCCUUUAGACGUGGUGACGAGCUCACUCAGCAUCAGAGGUUUCACACUGGGGAGAAAGACUAUGAAUGCAAAGACUGUGGCAAGACCUUCAGCCGUGUGUAUAAACUCCUGCAGCACAAGAGAAUUCACAGUGGUGAGAAGCCCUAUGAAUGUAAGGACUGUGGGAAGGCCUUUAUCUGUGGCUCGAGCCUCGUUCAGCACAAGAGAAUUCAUACUGGUGAGAAGCCCUAUGAAUGCCAGGAAUGUGGGAAGGCCUUUACUCGAGUCAAUUAUCUCACUCAGCAUCAGAAGAUCCACACUGGUGAGAAACCUCACGAAUGUAAGGAGUGUGGGAAGGCCUUUCGCUGGGGUUCGAGCCUUGUUAAACAUGAGAGAAUUCAUACCGGUGAGAAGCCGUAUAAGUGCACAGAAUGUGGGAAGGCCUUUAAUUGUGGCUACCACCUCACCCAGCAUGAAAGAAUCCACACCGGUGAAACGCCUUACAAAUGCAAGGAGUGUGGGAAGGCCUUCAUCUAUGGGUCAAGCCUUGUUAAACACGAGAGGAUUCAUACAGGGGAGAAACCGUAUGAAUGUAAAGAGUGUGGGAAGGCCUUUAGUCAUGGCCAUCAACUUACACAGCACCAGAAAAUUCACGCUGGCGAGAAAUCCUUUGAGUGUAAGGAAUGUGGGAAGGCAUGUAACCACGUGAACCACCAGAGAGUUCACACUGCCGAAAAACCUAUUGAACAAAAAGAAGGUGCAGAAGCUUCUAUACAACAUUCAUUCCUUCCACAGCGCAAGGAAAAUCCAUGAUACAGUUUAACAUAAGAAAGCCUUCACUGGUCACUCUCCUGCUUAUAAGCAUCUCAGAAUAGUCAUGCUCCAGACAAAUUUGGGAGAAUGGAGAAAUCACUUUAUCUUAGUGAUCACAACACACUCAAUGUAGACUUGUUUUUUCGUUUUGCCGAAUUGGUUUAAUGAGUGGAUAGAAGCCUCCCGCUACCAUUUGAGCUUCGUCUCACCUCAGAUUUGUUCUAGGGAAUAACUGGUGUAACAUAUGUGGGAAAUCCUCUCGCCAUGGUACACACCCUCCCUGUUAACCAUCACCAUCCCACCUCUUUACUCCUGUGACACACUGGGGAAAUGACCUGUUACCCCUGUGUGUUGUGUGUGAAAUGGGGAUAAUCACACCUAUCUAAUACUGCUAUUGUGGUGACUGAGUUUGGUACAUGUAAACUCUCUGGAGGUGUAUCUGGAAUGUUGUGUAAGCUCAAUAAAUAUUAGCUGCUGUUGUUCUUACUAUCCUUA